AUGACAAGGAAAGAUUGGGUCAAAAAUUUACAAGAAAAAACCGGUCUCGUUCUUCCGAUUGGACGUAUUAAUCAUCAUCUUGCUAAAGGUCCUCACCAGCCUUCAUCCGACAAGAAGCUAAAGCUAAGGAUUCCGACGGCUACUCCUAUUUACGUUACUGCCGUCCUUGAAUACUUAGUAUCCGAAAUCUUGGAAUUAUCUGGAGAAUUCGCUCAAUCUGAAAAGAUACCAAGAAUUUUACCCCGUCAUCUUAUAUUAGUUAUGCAAAAUGAUGAAGAAUUGAAAAAUUUAUUUGCUUCUCUUUCGCCACAUCGUAAUCAAAAAACGGAAGGGGUUGCGGCCGUAGAGUUUGGAUCAUUAGAUGACCAUUCAGAGGAGAACAUGACAACUGAUGCAACGACCAUAAAACUUGAAGAUAUUCCAGAAAUCUCGGAAGAUAACAAGACAACAACUGAUGCGACGACCAUAAAAGUUGAAUCAUUGGUUAACAUAAAGCUUGAAAAUAUUCCAGAAAUAAACUAUCAUCAUUCAUUAUGA